CCCUAGGAUCCAUCGGGAGCUGUGAGGGUGCAAGAGAUGGAAGCCCACGAGGCUGGAGUUCUGGAUGGCACAGCAUCUGGAAUCCGGACUUGGCAGGAGCCGAGGUUGGCCGAGUGACCCGGCUGGGCCUGUGAAGCAUGCAAGGGCGAGACCCGUGGCCAGCUGAGCCGAUGGAGCAGGCCUGCAAGGAAGGGGAGGAAGGGGAAAGCAUCUGGACGGCCUGCCCCCUGGCCCCCACCCCCUUCUGGACCGCCGUGUUUGACUAUGAGGCUGUGGAAGAAGAGGAGCUGACCCUGCACCGAGGAGACUGGGUGGAGGUCCUGUCAAAGGACUCCACCAUCUCCGGGGAUGAGGGCUGGUGGACGGGCAAGCUCCAGGACAAGGUGGGGGUUUUCCCCAGCAACUAUGUCACGAAAGACCCCGCCUUCCCCCAGAUCCCAGGCUCCCUCGCCUCCGGACAUCCUCCUCCCCUGGAAAUCUCCUUCCAGGAACUGGAGUUGGACGAGAUCAUUGGGGUGGGGGGCUUCGGGAAGGUCUACAAGGGGCUGUGGCGGGGGGAAGAAGUGGCUGUGAAGGCCAGCCGCCAAGACCCCGAAGAAGACCUCGCCGUGACCGUGGAGAACGUACGGCAGGAGGCCCGGCUCUUCGCUAUGCUGCAGCACCCCAACAUCAUCGCCCUGAAGGCCGUGUGCCUCAGCCCCCCUCACCUCUGCCUGGUGAUGGAGUAUGCUCGCGGGGGGGCCCUCAACCGGGCCCUGGCGGGCAAGAAGGUGCCUCCCCACGUGCUGGUCAACUGGGCCGUCCAGAUCGCCCGGGGCAUGAACUACCUCCAUAAUGAGGCCAUUGUGCCCAUCAUCCACCGAGACCUCAAAUCCAUCAACAUUCUCAUCCUGGAGCGCAUUGAGAGUGAAGACUUGAGCGGCCACACCCUCAAGAUCACGGACUUCGGCCUGGCCCGGGAGUGGCACAAGACCACCAAGAUGAGCGCUGCCGGGACCUACGCCUGGAUGGCUCCCGAAGUCAUCAAGCACUCCCUCUUCUCCAAGAGCAGCGACGUCUGGAGUUUCGGGGUGCUGCUGUGGGAACUGCUGACGGGCGAGGUCCCCUACCGGGAGAUCGAUGCCCUCGCCGUGGCCUACGGCGUGGCCAUGAACAAGCUGACGCUGCCCAUCCCUUCCACCUGCCCCGAACCCUUCGCCCGUCUCCUGCAGGAGUGCUGGAGCCCAGACCCCCAUGCUCGGCCGGACUUUGGCUCCAUCCUGCAACAGCUGGUGGCGAUAGAGCAGUCUGCCAUGUUUCAAAUGCCUCUAGAGUCCUUCCAUUCCUUGCAGCAAGACUGGAAGCUGGAGAUUGCAAGCAUGUUCCAUGACCUGCGGACCAAGGAGAAAGAGCUGCGGAGCCGAGAGGAGGAGUUGGUGCGGGCAGCUCAGGAGCAGAAGACCCAGGAAGCGGAGCUGCGCCGGCGCGAGCAAGAGUUGGCGCAGCGCGAGAUCGACAUCGUGGAGCGGGAGCUGAGCCUCAUCAUGCUGCAAAUGGGCCAGGAGAAGCCCCGGGUGAAGAAGCGGAAGGGGCACUUCCGUCGCUCCCGCCUCAAGCUGCGCGGCGACGGUGGCAACCGCAUCAGCCUCCCUUCGGGCUUUGAGCACAAGAUCACCGUCCAGGCCUCGCCCACCCUGGACCGGAGGAAAGGCCUGGGGGCCAACGGAGCCAGUCCUCCUGGGAGCCCCGGCGUCAUCCCUCGCCUGCGCGCCAUCCGCUUGACACCUUUGGACGGCAGCCAAACGUGGGGGCGCCAGGCCUUCCUCAAGAAGGAGGAGCUGGUGGGGACCAAGAAGAAGGGCCGGACGUGGGGGCCGAGUUCCACCAUCCACAAGNNNNUUCUCUCUCACCUGCGCAGGUGGAAGUCCCUGGCCGAGGGGAACAAGCAGUGGUCCUCCAGUGCCCCCAACCUGGGCAAGUCUCCAAAGCACGUGCCACUGGUGGGGGGCUUUGCCAGCCUGACGGAGAUGGAGGAGUACGCGGAGAAGGAGAGCAGCUGCCCCCAGUCCCCCUACCUGCCCCUCUUGCCGCCGCCAGGGGUGGAGUCCAAGGUGGGUCCGCACCCUCUGCCCACCGUGCCAGAAGGAGGAGCCAAGCGGGGGGCACCCCCUGCCCGUCGCCGCAGCGAGCUUGUGCUUCUGGGAUGCGCCUCCAUCCUGGCCUCGAUCGCCCUGGGGGCCGAGCUGGCUGAGCUGGCGGGGGAAAGGCUGAGGACCCCCCUGCCCUCGGGGCCGCCCAGCUCCCUGACCCUCCUGUCCCUCUCCUCCCUGUCGGACUGCAACUCCACCAAGUCCCUUCUGCCUUCGGACGGGGAGGACGCCCCUGCCUCCGAGGCGCCCGGUCUUCCUGAAAGCCCUCCGCCGGCUCCCUGCCACAACCGCCUGGUGGACGUCACUGUGGGGAGCUUCAAGCGGCGCACCCCCUCCGAUGGGGCCAUCCGCCAGAACCUGCAGGAUUCCAGCUGCCUGGGGUCCAUGGAUUUUCCACGCCUGCCCGAUCCUCCCUCUCUCGUCCCUUCUCAAGCCUGCCGCAACAAAGCGUUGGAAGGCCACCUGGCCCUGAACGCUGCUGUGCCCGUAGAGCGGCCCCAGACGCUGGCCUUUGCGCCCCGACCUCGCCCAGCUCCGGGGCGCCACCGCCUUGACCCCUGGAAGCUCAUCUCUCUGGGCCAGGCACCGCCAGGGGGUCCCUCCUCUUCCUCCUCCUCGCCCGGGGGGGCCACCAAGAGGACCGUGGGUUUCCGCCAGACGCUUCUGGACAUGGACACGGAAGGACAGAACCGGGACCCCACGGUGCCCCUGUGCGGAAGGCAGGGCCCACCUUGUGGCCUGGAGACGGACGUAUCCCACUGACACCAUCCAUCACUCUCCUUGGGACGAGUCGCUGACCUCCCCUUGACCCCUGCCCUGUGGGGCGCCCGGGACGGAGGCUGUGGGUCUCUGCAUCCGGAGGUGCGGGGUGAGGGACCGGGGAGGGGGGACAUACAUGUAGGGUGCUGUAUUUAUUGACUGUGAGUGGCGCUCUCUCCCACCAAGGAGACAACUCAGCCAGUGGCUGACUUCAUGGGUCUGUCUGUGCAUCUGUGUGAGUGCGUGAGCCUGUGGUGCGUGUGUGCGUGUGUGCGUGUGUGCGUGUGUG